UAACUGGCCCCUUUCCAAGGUGAUUUCCCAUAAACCACAUGCUCUGAGAGGCCGCUUUAAAAGGCCGAGCCCGCCUGGGCCAGUGGCGCUCAGCUCGGCUCCAGAAAGUGAAAGUUGGACUCGGGACUCCAGCAGCCCCCAGCCCGUCAGAGCCGAGCCGAGCGUCGCCACUGGAUUAUUAGCCCUCUCCUCCGCUGGCCCAGAGGCCGCGUGCAGGCAGCCCCCUUGCGCCCAGCCGCCGGCCACUCAGAAGGACUCUGCACGGCUCACUCAGCAAGGUUCUGCUCGCUCCGACUCCGGCCCGGGGGACAAGCCGUCCUGAUGACCCCACGGGGCGCAGGCGGGAACUGCCCACUCACGAUAUGGCUGGGCUGUUGGCUUCUUCUGCCUUGUCUCCUGGUCUGGAGUCUUCCCACCUAUGGGCCAGAAACUUGUGACCAUCUUAUUGGGGAAGGUCACCUAAUGAAGCUGCAGCAGCUGAUUGACAGCCAGAUGGAAACAUCCUGCCACAUUACCUUUAAAUUUGCAGACCGGGACCAGCUGGCUCAUGUUUUUCAGAAAGAUUCCAUCUGCUACCUUAAGAAGGCAUUUCCCCUGAUCCAGGACAUUUUUGAGGAAAUCAUUCGCUUCAAGGACAAUUCUUCCAAUUACAAUGCCUCCAGGGAUCUGCAUGAGCUCUACCUGAGGCUGAGAGAUGCUGGGUGUGUCACCAGGGAGCAUGAGGAGAGAGAUGAGGCCUGUGUUAGGACUUUCAACAACACCCCUGUCCAGAUAUUGGAGAAGGUCCAAAAUAUCUUUGUAGAAACCAAUAGACUCCUUAAGGAUGAUUGGCGUAUCUUUGACCGUGAUUGCACCAGUAGCUUUGCCAAAUGUGUCAGUUCAGAUGUGGUGACCAAGCCUGAUUGCAACUGCCUGUCCCCCAGAACCACCCCUAGCAGUAAGCUGGCCUCUGUCCCCAUCCAUAGCUCCCUCUCUCCCUCCACAGCCCCAGUGGCCAACUUGGCCUGGGGAGACUCUGAGGGGACAGAGGGCAAACCCCUCGUGCCCAGUGACCUGCCACCUCAAACAACAGCCCAGGGCAGUGCCAGGCGCCGAGUCCCCCGGAGCACCUGUGGAAGCGUGGAGGCAAUGGAGACUGCGGGCACGCUCUCUGCUUCCCAGUCCCUGGUGGGAUCUGAGAUGGAGCCCGGGAGCAACAAGUCUCCCCCUGACUUGUCCGAUUCCCCUAGGAUAAAGGGCCUUCUCAACUCUGCACUCGACACUGACUCAGCUCUAGGGGAUGCCUCAGGUGAUGUCAGCCCUGGUUCUCAAGAAACAGAGGCUCCCCUUUUCCUGUUGGGAGGGGGACCUAUCCAGACAGGGACCACAGAUCCAGACGAGCUCCUCGCCACUCCCUCGACGCCUGUUCUUGCACAGGGACCGCUGGCCCAAGUGAGGAAUGACCACCUGCAGAAUGAGGGCAGUACCCCACUGGCUGGCCAGGCCAGAGAUUAUUCAUCAGAGGAGAUGGAUGGAGGUAUCCAGGGCCUGAGCUCACCCACUACCCAGCUGCUGCACUCUGAGGAAACCCAGGGCAUCUCCAACCUCCCUGCUCAGCCCCGUUUCCCCAGAAGCCUCUCCUGGGGUGUCCCCCGACCCCCAAAGGAGCUGGAGGGCAAGAGAAGCACUAGGGUCCGGAGAAGCCCUGCCAAGCUGGAAGGAGGAAGAGGAGGUCAAGGUUUGGAGAGAGAAGAGGGCCCAGGCGGGCCCCACAAGGGCUUUAACUCGCUUCCUUUGACUGACACAGGCCCCGAGAGGCAGAAUAUGGGAAGCCCUGUCCUUCAGUUCCAGGGUUCUGACUUCUGGGUCCUGAUAGCCGGCAUUCUCCUGGUCCUCCUAGCAGUGGGCGGCCUCCUGUUCUACAAGCAGAGGCAGCGGAACCGACAGGAGCUACAGCCAGCAGAAAUACUUUUGGAACAGCCAGAGAUCAGAAGCCCCCUGAACCAGGAAGAGGACAGACAGGUGGAGAUGCCAGUGUAGAGGUCGUAAUGAGGAAUCCUUUCUGCAAUACCCUUCACAGAUGGUCAUGCAGUCUCUCCUUGAAUACUUCAAGUGACCGGGAACUCACUACUUUGGAAGGUAGACCAUUCCAUUGUUGAACAGCUGUAAUUAUUAUAAAGCUCAAAAGAAAGGUUUAUUUUCUUUCUUAAAUUAAGCCAAAAAUCUACCUCCUGUAACUUUUCUUCCUUUGGAUCUAAUUCUACACCCUUUAAAGCAGUAAUGAAUAAAUCUUUUCUGUCUUCCAGUGGAUAAAUCUUUCAAAUAUUUGAAGACAGUUAAUGUAUCUGUCUCCUCCUCCCCUAUGCAAAUGUUAAAUGUUGUCAACUUUGUCAGAUUUCUCAGAUUUCUCAGAUUUAUUUGAUAUGGUUUCCAGAUCCAUCACCAUCUUGUCUAUUCUUCUCUAGACAUAAUCAAUGUCUUCAACAUCUUAAAAAGUGGCGUUCAGAACUUCACAGAUGUAGUCUGACCCACUCAAAAUAUAGUGGGACUAUUACUUUUUUUGAUUUGGAUAUUAUACUUCCACUCGGGCCAUGUUUAACAACAAAAAGAGUUUUUUAAGUAACUAUGCCACACUUUUGGCUCCUCCUGGAUGACUAGUCAACUAAAAUCUUGUGGCUUUUUUUUACAUGAAUUAUUGUCAAGAUAGUCCUCCUUCAUUCUACAUUUGGGCAUUUUUUUAAACCUAAAUACAGAACUUUACCUUUAUGCUUAUUCAGUUUUAUCUCAUUAAUUUCAUCAUAAAGUUCCAAUCUAUUAGAAUUUUGAAUUUUGAUUCUAUUAUCCAUUCUGUCAACCAUUCCUCCCAGUUCUGUGUUAUCCACAGACCCAAUAAGCUUCAUCCUCCAUGUCUUCAUCCAAGUCUUUGAUAAAAAUACCAAACUUUCAUUCUUUCUACAUGGCUCCCCUUUCUACUACCAGCCUGUCUCUCACCUCCUUCAAAACCAGAUUCAAAACACCCUUUCUCCGAGAAAACAUUCCUCAUUGAGCCCCUUGAGACUAAUUGUUCUUUUAUUUCAUGUCCCCUCAGAACUUAUGUAUUUGGUGAAUUCUGUAUCAAUUUGCUCUCAUUUGGAUAUAACUUUGUGUAUGUUUUGUAAUGGAUAUUCUAUAUGUAAUAUUUUUCUAUCUCUUCAAGUAGAUUGUAAGCUCCUUGAGGGCAGAGCCUCUCUUUUCUCUAUUUUUUUGUACUCUUUCCGACCCAAGUGCCUAGUACAGGACUCUAGUGAACACUCAAUAAAGGUUAUUGACUGACUGACCUUGGACAAGUCACUUAAACUUCCUCAUCUGUAAAAUAAGGAGGUUGGACUAAAUGAUCCCACCCAGCUCUAAAGCCCUAUGAUUCUAUGCCUGACCCAUUAACUCAUUGACUGGGGGCACCCUUUGAUUUUACUGAUCCAUGUGCCCAUGUCAAUAUCUGAGUGUGGACUGUCCAAGGGUAUCCCCAAGGGUAUAUCCCAAGGGAAUCUAGCACUAGAAAUGUUAGGAAUAUGGCAAAUGUUCAAAGCUAUUGGGAAUAAAAAUAAAAAUAGCCAGUGAGGACAUCCUUGUCCAUAGUCAAAUUAUGGGUUCCUAUGAUCCUUCCUUCCCAUCCCUUUCCCUCCACAACAAGGUGGUAAUAAUAUGAAUGGGCAGGGAUCUGGGAGGGGAAUAAUAUUUCUCAGCAUUUGCCCCUAAACCCUGUUUAAACAACCCCUUAAACCUCCUUCUUGUUCCCUUGGUUGACCAGCUUGUUUUUCCCCACACCCUAGUCCUACCUUUUCCAGAGCUAUCACUCACAAGAUUCUGUCCCCAUGGACUCAAGAUAAGAUUUGGGGUGAAGUGAGGGGCAGCCUGGGAAGCCCAGACAAAUCCCCAGGCCAGUGAAUUUUUCCCUCAGAUAACCCCUGGGUCUGAUGCCAGCAUCCUCAGGAACACUCAGUGCUAGCCCCAACAUGACUGUAUUAUCUUUUUGCACAGUCUUACUUCUUGUCAUCAAAGCAUUCCAACCAUAAGGGACCUGGUGACCUGGCAUGAAGGAAUGAGAUUUACUCAAUGUAUCAUAUCCCUAGCAGUGUCGGGGUCCUGACCUGAUGUUAGUCUAGCUCUUAUCCAAUUUAUGGUACCAUUUGGUUUCUAGUGCAGAUCCCACCAUAGGGAAAGAAGAGGGAAUGGACAGACACUGUGGUCCCAGAUCUGGUCCCAGAUCUCCCCUCUUUAUAAAAUAUCCCCUUGAAAUACAAGAGCUUUGUCAGCUGAGUCUGGGACCAGUUUGAGGGUGAGGCUACAAGCUGAGUCUAAAGUCAAACUUUUGGUCAGAAUCCAGGGGAUUUCUGUUCUGGGAACAGAGUGCUCUGAGAAUGCUAGGCUUAGCUAUUGGACAAGGGGAGUUGCAGGGUGGGGAUGUCAUGGAUGAUAUUGGGGGGGGGGUGCCAAAUCCCUUCAAGCCUUGACCUCUGGGUUCUAAUUCCAGAGGGGAAAAUGAGAAUUUCCAUGUUUGGUCCUCCCGCUGUACUUUGUCUAUUCAAAGCCAUGGUCUCCUUUUUAUCUACACAUUUCCUAUAUUCCUUCAUAUUUUAAGAUGACUUUCUAGGGUGCUGGCUGUCUGAGGGAAGAGGUAGAAAGCAAAAUUCCCUUUUUCUCCCAGAGAAAACAUUUAGUGAUAGAAAAAAAGGAAAGUAAGGAACUUAGUGGUAAGGAUAGUGAAAAGUCAUGUUGCCCCUUCCCUAGACACCUAGAAGCUUCCCUCUGACUGACAAGCAACCCUCCCCCAUUGUCCCUUUUGUCUCCUGUGGCUGGAGCUCAGCCAGCGCCAGUCUGUUGCCUUUUUCUCUCCCAUGGCCCCUGGUUUUCUUGGUGGAGUCAGAAGAUGAAGCCAUUCUGGGAAAUCGGCAGUGGUCUGGGCUCCUGCCAAAGAAUCUGGGCCCUUUGUGGUGACCAGGGUGGCUUGGAGGGGGAGGGAGGGAGUGGAAGGAAGUUCUUUCCUGCAAUAACCAUUAAUGUCCCACAGGAACGCAACCCCCAUCCCCAUACCUCCCCAUAGCCUCUCUCCACUGGUGUCCCUAGAGACUCUUCCUCUUUCUAUACCUCCACCCUGCUCCAUGCUGACCAGCCUUUUUUCUCUCC